AUGCGCAAGUUCCUCAAGCCCCGGCCACACUCCGAGUCACGGCUGGCUUUUUCUCUUAAGGAUCACCAGCCAGCAGAAAAAUCCCCGUCACCAUCACCAACCCGCGAGUCAUCGAAAGCAACCCCGGCCAAUAACGAGCCCGCGCUGAGCCAGGCACCGCGGGUCUCAUGUGAGAGCCCCUCGCUCUCGCCCCGGUCAUCUACCCUCUCACCUGUCUCCGAAGCGCCGACAAAUUAUUCUUCCUCGCUGCUGUCACAAACCGCGGCAAGUGGUGCCACGGCAGCAGAGGAAAAACCAGCCCCGAGCAGCCCAUUGGCGAACCGUUUCCCGAACCGCAUGAACUCGACCAUCCGAGCUGUUUCAAGCUUCGAGGAUAGACCAGUACCAGUAGAGAGGAGUCAACAACAGCAAUCACAGCAGCCGGCAGAGGAGGAUUUGAGUACAGAGCUUGGGACACAGCCGCAGUCUACACCGAGAGACUCUGCCUUUUCCAGCUCGAUAAAUAGCACUGUCAGCAGCAUGUCGUCCGCCAAUUCGCAGAACGCCAAGGCGCCUUCCGGCGACCUCUCGAAGAAGACCUCGACCAGCAAGCUGCGGACCUCGCCCUCCAAGGACGGCCUGCUCGAUGCACCCACCCCGCUCACCAACACGGUCAAAACCCGCUCAAGCAUCCUCGACCUACAAGCGCAGCGCGACAAGAGCAACAACAGCCCCCCGCCGACCGCCCCAAUCGCGAUCCCAAAGCUCGAGCCUUCUUCGACGACUACCGCUCCCGACGCCGCAGUCCUCGGCACUAGCCCCGUCGAAAACGCCUACACCGCCACCGAAGCCCACCUCCAAAACGGCGGCUGGGACGGCUCCAUCGGCAAGGCUGGGCUGGGUAAAACCGGCCGCGUGAUUAACCGCUUGGUGACUGACAACGAGAACCUGAAGCGAGACAUUCAGAUCGAACGGUUGCGCGCCGAAGAAUCGCGGCAGGCAGCACGGUUGCUGGAGGAUAAGCUGGAGAGGGUCAUCGCUGAGUAUGAGAAGCGCUUGCUCGAGGCGAAUGUUACUAAGACGUUGCUUGCGCGCAAAGAAAGGCAGGUCGAGUCGCUUCAGGACGCGAUCGAGUUGGAAAGGAAGCGCGCCGUCGACGCGCAGAGCCGCGAGCAGCAGUGGAAGGAGGAGAUGGAGCGGACGAAGGCGGAGGCGAAGAGGCAGAUUGAGGAGGCGAAUACGUGGGCAGCAUUGUGUGAGGGACGGUACAAUGCGAUUAGUUCGCACUGGAAGGACCAGGGGGAGGAGGUCAAAAGGACGGUGACAAAAGUCCGGGUGGAGGUGGAUAAGCUUGCGGAGGAGAGGAGGCGGGAUGAUGAGAAGAUCGAGACGUUGCGGGAGCUGUGCGAUCAGCAGGAUGGGAAUAUUAGGGAGUUGAAGCGGCAGAAGGAGGAGAUUCUUGCGCAGUUUGAGAGAUAUAAGGCUGAGCAGGAGGAGGCGUUGAGGGAGAUUAAGAGGAAGGCGGAUGAGAGGGAGAGGGAACAGGGUAGAAUGCUGGAUGAGGCGAGGGAGGUACUGAAUAAGUUGAAGUGGGCGCUGAAUGUGAAGGAGACGAUUCCCUGGGCGCAGUAA